AUGAAUCCUCAACACGGACGAAUACAUGAUCUCUUCGACAGAGACCACUUUACUGUAGACGAUUAUCAUCAAGACUACACCGAAGGAAUAUAUCAAAAAGAACCCAUUGGAGUAGGAGUCAUCUUAACUUUACUAGCUAUUUUUAUCGCAGUGGUCUAUCAAAUUCUCAUUAGCCUCGACUAUGACCUCUUGCCUCUCUCACAAUUAGCCUGGAAUGCAUUGGUAUACAUAACGCCUUCUUCACUGCUCGAUUUCGCUGAAAUUUACUCGAACCCUUUACCAAUACGAAACCCGAAUACAAUGGAAUAUCCACGAACACAUGCGCAGAAGAGUGAGUUGAUGCGCCGAUUAUUUGGUCUAGACACUCCGGGUGGCAUUAUAGAUUCCGUCGCGAGUGCCGGCAGAAGAAGACUCUCUUCUAUUCCACUCAUCGGCUUGGGAGUUGGGGGAGACGAUGAAACGCCUCCGGGGUUGGGAAAUUGGGAUAAUUCCUGCUACCAAAACAGCAUCUUACAGGGACUGGCAUCAUUAGACACACUGCCAGGUUUCCUCGAGAGUUUUCGAAUCAAUGAUGCGCUACGACAGGAUGGUUCGAAGCAUGAUAUUAAAAUGGCCAAUGCUUUGAAGGAAUUGAUUACUACUCUGAAGAACCAGUCGAAUAAUGGAAGGCGAAUUUGGACACCAGCAACACUGAAGAAUAUGAGCAGCUGGCAGCAACAAGAUGCGCAAGAAUACUUUUCCGGUCUCCUUGGUGCAAUAGACAAAGAGUAUGGCGCAACGGUAAAGUUGGGCGGAGUGUUGGGCUUGGAGCAGGCAAAUAUCUCGGAAGACGCAGGCAAAAAUCUAUCACACGCUCAGGCUUUAUCUCCGAACCCAUUGACUGGAUUGACUGCUACAAGAGUCGUGUGCACGAAAUGCGGCUACUCAGAAGGUUUGAAAGCAACGCCCUCCCUUUGCCAGCCUUUGAUUGUCGGAGAAGGUUGGGAAUAUGACCUUUCCCAGCUACUUCACGAAGGUACCAAACUAGAAUUUGUUCAUGGCGUAUAUUGUGAAAGAUGCACUUUGCGAAAGAGUGAGCAUCUACUUUCUACAUUGAUGGAGCGAUUAGGGUCUGAGCCAGAUGAUAGUCGACUUCGAUUGAACACAUCUGAACGAUUGAGAGCCGUCACUGAAGCAUUAGAGAACGACGACUUUUCGGAAAAGACUCUCAAAGAUAAGUGCAAGAUACCGACAGAAAACUGGGUCACAGUUACCAAAUCAAAACAAGAUAUAAUCGCUCGACCUCCAAAAUCUUUAGCACUCCAUCUCAAUCGAAGUACUUAUGGACCUGACGGGGAGUUAAGUAAGAAGACAGCCGCCAUUCGGUUUCCUAAAUAUCUCGAUCUUGGCCCAUAUUGCCUAGGUAGUGCUAGAGGGAAUAGUGAAGAUGACAGUGAGGAAUGGCUCCUAGCACCUUAUGCUUCCAUGGUUGCAGGGCUACAACAAAAAUCUCGGAUACAAGGACCAUUGUACGAAUUACGGGCAGUUAUUACACACUCUGGGAGACAUGAAAAUGGACAUUAUAUAUGCUACCGAAAACAUCCAAUUUCAGGUAUCAGGAUGGAUGAAGAUGGCAACAAAAAGGAUCAAUGGUGGCGAUUAAGUGAUGAUCAUGUAAUGAAAAUUAGUGAAGAGAACGUUCUGGCGCAAGGAGGAGUGUUCAUGCUCUUUUACGACCAGAUCGAGUCAGCUGUUCAUCUAUCACCCACACAACCGAUUAUUGAUACACCAACAGAAAAUGUGGUUACCGAAACAUCCACAUGCGGGUCCCGAAAUGGAGUCGCUUUUCCUUCAUCUCAUGAGACGCCCUCGAAUCUGGCACUUAAUACACCUCUUCCGGAAACUAACGACGUGGAUUUUGGUUUAUCAAAGUCUUUAUCGUCAUCUCAUUUAUCAGAAGUGGAUACACAGUUCGCGAAUCACGAAAAUCCUGAUGACCGAGAAACCGUUUCCGAACUUUCAGAUGGGGAAGAGGACACUGAGCAGAGAGAGGAAGAGGAAUAUAGCCCGACUAAAGCUAUAUUGAUCCCUCAACCAUAUUUGGGUGCGAGGAAAAAUAAUCCUGAGAGGGAUGGUGGUGAAGGAGUCAGAGAGAGCGGUAUGGGAGGUUUGGUUAUGGUGUAA